AGCGUGCUUAGGAGGAAGUUGGAAAAACCCGUGUGUGAGGGGAAAUGUAUGGACCUGAACUGGACUGUCUUUAGCAGUUUAAACUCUAAAAAGAAGUAGAUAUUGAUAUUUAGAGGUGUAGGUGAUUUAGAGAAGUGUUAAAGAUGGUGUAUAUGGUGGUUGAGGAGCACACUGCAGAUGUUCUCCGUCUUAAGAGAUCACCUGGAAUCAGAUCCUGGUCUCUACUCGUCGGCAUUGCCUCAGUAGGCCUGGCAGCAGCAUAUUACAGUUCAGACAGUGUAUUAUGGAAGCUGUUCUAUGUAACGGGCUGCUUGUUCGUCGCAUUACAAAACAUGGAGGAGUGGGAGGAAGCAGUGUUUGACAAAUCUAAGGGGAACAUAGAGCUGAAAACCUUCAGUCUGUAUGCACUGAUUCUCACCCUGUGGAAAAAAGGGCAUGAAAAGGUGUUGCUGGAUCUGCGGCAUUUGAGAGACAUCAGUGUUCAGGAGGAGAAGGUGCGCUACCUAGGGAAGGGUUAUGUGCUGGUGCUGCGGAUGGCCACUGGAUUUUCCCAUCCUCUCACACAGAGUGCUACUCUGGGGGGACGCAGUGACAUAGACGCCCUCGCUGCCCUUCUGAAGCGCUUCCUGGGACUUGACGCGCUGCAUCAACGUCUGUCUCAGGAAGAGGAAGAUGAGUAUGGGAAUGAAGACGAUGAUGACUUUGAGCAGCUGGGUAUGGAAGGGGACGAUGAAAGCAGUGAUGCACAGGAUGAAAGUGAGCCGAUGUCUCAGUGACCAUCGCUCCUUGGACACUGAAAAUUUCAAGGACACUGCACUUAGACUCUAAUUAACCACUCAAAUCUUCCAUUUGUGGGAACAACCCACUACCUGAAAGCAUUUCCUGUCCUCUCAGUGCCUGAAUAUUACACUGUAAUUCGUCUUAACAGGGCCUUUUUACAUACCUCAGUAAAGAUGCAUUACCCAGACAAUAGGUCCUGCCAUAUGUAGCUAGCGUGGUUAAGAUGAUAUACUAUUAGAACUGCAGUUACUGCCAAAAUGUAAAUGUAUAAUAAUAUUAGAAAUGUUGAGUUUAAAUUUCUGUUGCUUAAAACAAAACUUAACCCUUUUCUGUAUCUAUGUUUUUACACUCAGGGUGUUACAGUAGUGAUGCAGCACUGUAUUUGAUUAAGCCUAAUCGUAAACUAUAUUUUACUUUCAACUGAAAAUCUCAUUUCAAAAUGCUGUAUAGUCCAAGACUAGUCUUAAUCACUGUCUGGGAAACUACCCCUAAGAAAUCUAGUAUUUAAAAAAAGAAAUUAAUAGGUUGUUCCCCGACUGGGAUUAAGCCUAGUCCUGAACCAUAAAGAAGUGUGAAUAGAGAAUUUCCAAUAAAAGGGAUAAAUCAUCCAAGACUAUGCUUAAUCCCUGUUUUAGGAAACCGAUAGGGAUUAUGGUAAGCAUAGUCCUUGACUUCAGUUAUAGACAAUAUUUCCCUUUCGUUGGAAAUCUCCAUUCAAAAUGCUGCAUAGUACAAGACUAGGUUUAAUCAUUGUCUGGGAAACUGACCCUAGAAGAUCUAAAAUUUAAACUUAACCAUUAUGGGUUGGACAGGGAUUAAGCCUGGUCCUGGACUAUAAAGCACUGUGAAUGGAAAUUAUCCAUUAUAAAAGAUAUGUGAGGUCUAGGUCUAGACUUAAUCCUUGCCUGAGAAAAACUAAAGAGGAUUAAGCCUAGUCCUAGAAUACAGUCAUUGAUUAUAUUUUCAUUACAAUGGAAAAUCUUCAUAGCCUUAGUCUAAGUAAAAAUCGCUGUUUGUGAAACCAACACUUUAACAGUUUCAUGACCUCAGUGAUGAUUUUCUUACUAAAAUAAUUACUCUAAAAAUGUGUUACAAUAACAAUAAGUGUAACCUAAAUAUUCAUGUAUUUGGCAUGGUAUAUUUAUUGUAUAUUACCUUACAAAGAAGUUAAAGUCUUUGCUGAAUGAGCUUGGGGUAUAGCGGGACAUAACAUAAUGCUUUUGGCUAAAUAAUUUCAGUGUAUUUACCCCACACAUCAGCUACAAAUUAAAAUAUUAACUUGAUUUUCAGCACCUAAUCCAGCACAGUCCAGUAAAAAGCAGAGUCUGUGCCAAAGUUACAACAUCCCUCAUCGGAGGUAAGUCCAGAGUUGUAAUAGCUGUUAAACAGACUGGUACGAUGAUGCAAACAAAAAUGAUUCAAUAUGGCUGUAUGUUGUUUGAACCAAACAAGAUUUCCAACAUUUAAGUAAAUAUAAAUAACACAGGCUCAUUUGUUUUUUAUAAUCAUUCCAGAGAAUGUGCAUUUGCACAUAUAUGUCAGCAGUGGGUGCUAAACACAUUCAUCAGAAGGCAUGUCCACAGAUAUUUGGACAUAUAGUGGAUGCAUAUCAGGGAGAUUGUGUGUUAGAUUGGAUGUAUUAUAAUUGCAUGGCAUGGUCUGUAUUGUACUGUUUAUACAUGGAAAGUGUAUAGGAAGUGUUUUAUUGUACACUGUUUUUCUAUUUUGUAAUUUUUUUAGCACAGACAUUGUUGCUAUUGAUUGAUGUCAGCCUUUUCUUGUAUCAAUAGACAGUAAUCAUUUAUGUGUUCGUGAAAACAAACCCAAAAAUAAAUUUUGUACAUUUAAAAGG